UCCCUCCUUUCUCUCUCUCUUUCUCUCUCUCUCUCUGUCACACACACACACACACUAUCUCAGACUGAAACGGCAGAAGCAGGGACCCAAGGACGGAGGCUAGAAAUGGAAAUCUUGAACCAGAGGCUCAACCAACAGUUUGACUCAUGGAUGGGUCCGAGGGAUCCUCGUGUGAGAGGCUGGCUCCUGCUGGACAACUACCUACCCACUCUGUCCUUCACCAUCAUUUACCUCCUGAUUGUGUGGAUGGGGCCAAAGUACAUGAGGAACAGGCAGCCUGUCUCCUGCAGAGGGAUCUUAGUGGUGUACAAUAUGGCGCUCACACUUCUCUCCCUUUACAUGUUUUAUGAGCUUGUGACUGCUGUGUGGCAAGGCGGCUAUAAUUUCUUUUGCCAAGACACUCACAGCGGAGGAGAGGCCGACAACAGGGUUAUAAACGUGCUGUGGUGGUACUACUUCUCCAAGCUCAUCGAGUUUAUGGAUACCUUCUUCUUCAUCCUGCGCAAAAACAACCACCAGAUCACCUUCCUGCACAUCUACCACCAUUUCACCAUGCUGAACAUCUGGUGGUUCGUCAUGAACUGGGUGCCAUGUGGACACUCCUAUUUUGGUGCCACCUUUAACAGCUUCAUCCAUGUGCUAAUGUAUUCUUACUACGGGCUCUCAGCUAUUCCUGCCAUUCAGCCGUACCUGUGGUGGAAGAAGUAUAUUACCCAAGGACAGCUGCUCCAGUUUGUCCUGACCAUGAUCCAGACAUCCUGCGCUGUGGUGUGGCCCUGCGGUUUCCCAAAGGGUUGGCUGUAUUUCCAGAUCAGUUAUAUGAUCACCCUUAUUAUUUUCUUCUUAAACUUCUACAUACAGACUUAUAAGAAGAAGGGCACUGCAGCAAAAAAGGAUCCCCGGCACAACGGCAUUAAAUCUGUGAACGGCCACUCAAACGGUGCGAGUCAUACAAAUGCUGCAAAGCACAGGAAAGCGAGAACAGACUGAGGACCGGUCUAUUCGUCCAGUUUCACCAUGUGUAAUCUUUCUGUGAAUGUGCUAUCCCCAGGCUACACACAGCAGAGCGAGAAGUUAAAUCAAACUAAAUCUAUUUUACUGUUGAUAUGAGAUAAAAUUUUGCACACUUUUGUGUCCUACUAUUGUUCAUAUUGAAUUCAAAAGACAAUAUGAGGAAAAAUACACUGAAAUUAAAAUAUAAGUCGUAACAGGA